AUGGUUGACUCCAUCGACACUACUCCAGCCUCCACCGUCCUCAUCAUCACCAGCGGGACCUCCAACCAGCCAUCAUCACUAGCGGACCACGACCCGCCUUCGUCCCGACCAUCAUCACCAGCCCCGCGACCGCGACUCCAGCCUUCGUCUUCAUCAUCAUCACCAGCGGAUCCGCGACUGACCAGCCUCCGCCUUCGUCCUCAUCAUCACCAGCAGGACCCAGCGACUAACCAGCCCUCGCCUUCGUCCACAUCAUCACCAGCGGACCCACGACUGACCAGCCUCCACCUUCGUCCUCAUCAUCACCAGCGGACCACCAACCAGCCUCCGCCUUCGUCUUCAUCAUCACUAGCGGACUCGCGACUGACCAGCCUCCACCUUCGUCCUCAUCAUCACCAGCGGACCACCAACCAGCCUCCUCCUUCGUCUUCAUCAUCACUAGCGGACCCGCGACUGGCCAGCCUCCGCCUUCGUCCUCAUCACGACCUGCCAGCAACUCUGCUUUCGUCCAUUCAACCAGACCACCAGACCAGAAGCCUGCCUGAUUCAGGGACGACUUUUACCUCAUCUCCAACACCAUUCAGGAUUUGUAUUCAUUGUCGUGCCGAAAUAAAAUUUGGCAUAUAA